UUUAAGCAGCGUGAAUGCAGCGCAGCGCUUCCCAUUGCCCAGGCAUCCCUUCCGGUAGAUGAGGUCAACUUUUCCCCAGAUCCGCCAUUUCAAUCCUGGAGUUUCUUGUUACACAUUAGUUUUGCAUUUAAUUGGUUUUCCUUAUAACGUUUAAGCUGUUGAUUAUUAGGUUUUUGUGGUACAACAGCAGUUCCGUCAACUUAAACGUAUUUACAGUUCUCGUGGAAGUUGCAAAAAUUGGGGUAUUAUACAGUUGUUUCAGAGGAGGCGUUAGUCUACCAAAGUUUUGUAUGAGUUGCGGAUAGGGAGAGGCGAAGAGGAAAGGCCUCAAGCCUCGCACAGGAUUUCACAGCCAUGGCCGGUAAUUUUGAUGCCGAAGACCGUGCUAGCUGGUACUGGGGGAAGCUAAGCCGCCAGGAAGCUGUAUCUCUUUUACAGGGAUAUAGACAUGGCGUUUUUCUGGUGAGAGACUCAAUUACCAGCCCUGGUGACUACGUGCUGUCCGUAUCUGAGAACUCCAAAGUGUCCCAUUAUAUAAUCAACAGCAUCAGUAACAACCGGCAGUCUGGCUCAGGUAUAGCGCCUCCCCGGUUUCGGAUUGGAGAUCAGGAGUUUGAAGCGCUGCCGGCUCUGUUGGAGUUUUAUAAGAUCCACUACCUGGACACAACCACACUCAUAGAGCCCAUAAACAAGGCCAAGAACACAGGAUUCAUCAGCUCCCCCUCUGUUGGCUUCCCGCCGCAGCCCGAGGAGGCAGAGUUUGUACGGGCGCUAUUUGACUUCCCUGGCAACGAUGAGGAGGACCUCCCCUUCCGCAAAGGUGAUAUCCUGCGUGUGCUGGAAAAGCCAGAGGAGCAGUGGUGGAACGCUGCUAACCAGGAGGGCCGAGCCGGAAUGAUCCCUGUGCCCUACGUGGAGAAAUACCGACCUGCCUCGCCCACUGCUGCCGGCCUGGGUCCCCCUGUUGUGGGGACUGGACAGGGGGGGCAAGUUGGAGGGAUAGGGGGCAGCACAGACGGAACAGGGAGCCCUCAGGCAAAUCCUCUAGGGGACCCAGGCCAGUACGCCCAGCCUGUGGCCAAUGCCCAGCUCCCUAACUUACAGAAUGGGCCCGUCUAUGCUCGAGCCAUUCAGAAGAGGGUGCCCAACGCCUACGAUAAGACGGCACUCGCUCUAGAGGUGGGAGACAUGGUACAAGUGACCAAGAUCAACGUGAACGGCCAAUGGGAGGGUGAGUGCAAGGGCAAACGAGGCCACUUUCCCUUCACCCAUGUUCGACUGUUGGAACAACACCAUCCCGAGGACGAGAGCUGAGAAACACAUGUACUCCCACCCCCUUGACCGUGUCCAGCGCAGCCCUUUCCUUUCGGUCAUUUUGUCAAGCUCGGAAAGAAAAAUGGUUUAUACAAGCACACAGUAUAUGAACCUAUGACCUCAAAUGGUGAGGCAUUACUGGCCCUGCCAACACAAGACGUGUUGGUUGAUAUUGCCUACUGUCUUAUUGAAAAGUUUACACUUAGGAGAGACUGAUAUCGGUUCCCCUACAUUAGCUUCUUUGUUCGUUAAGUCAGCAUUACACACUGCUGUUGUCUGCUCCCUCUUGAUUACUUUUCCAAAACCUGCAACUAAAUAUGUAUUGUUUUCAGAAAGAUAGCA